GUUUCCCUUUGCGGAGAUAUCCGGUGGCCUAGAACGCAAACCAAAAUGUACUUAAUCGUAAGUAGCUAACAUUUGUACAUAAUGGCGGUGCCAAAACAAACUCACAUCUUUACCAACAGUCAAUUAAAUGAGUUCCUUUCCGAAUCAAGGACAUGUGCAGAUGUUCUCGUCUCCCUAUGUACCACGGAGAGACCACGGACGGAGGUGACCCUAAGUCGACCAGGUCAUGCCCCUAACUACGUCACUCAGAUGGUGGCAGUCCUGCUCAAAGCAGCACAGAGUACGGAUGCAGCUGGUGUUAUAGAUCUGCUCAGUGUCCUUGUCGGCUCAAAUUUCUUCAUGAAGGAACUUGUUGUUACGUCCUCUUCGUUAGUUAACAACACUGAGGAAGAGGAAGGCCUUAAAUUGAUGACGAACCUAGUGGAACUACUAAAACAAGUGUCUUGCCGUCUUCCAAGUUCAUUUGCAAACGCAUUUGGUCUGAUAAUAAUUCUUCAGAAAAGGAUAGAGGAUAUACUGCUGACGGCUGAGGGAGAACGCCGGAUAUGUGUUGUCAAUUUGUCGGAAACCUUAGGUGAAAUGCGAGACAAUGUAUUGAAGAGAAUGGUAACUCAUUCCAAUGACAAUCCGCGGUUACCGUUCGAGAAACAAGCCCCACCAAACGACUUCCGAAAUAUUCCGAUACUGCCUAGAGUUUCUGACAUAUUUUUAGGAUCACGGAGUGCAUUUCUACGUAAAAACAAGGCCCGUGGUGGCUACGACAAUCUGCAGCAUUACCUUGAUGUACAGUUUCGCCUUUACCGAGAGGAUUGCAUCAGCCCACUACGUGAGGGCAUCACCCAAUACGUACAGGAGGUCAGUGUUGGUCACAGUGUAAGACGACUACAGGACGGACGACUGUACAAAAACGUCAUUAUUGAAUAUGUUGAACACAGCGUUGAAGGUCAAAUGUAUAAGGUCAGACUUGAUCCUGGACACGCAAAACGAAUUAAAUGGAAAUCAAGCCGUAGACUCCUCUAUGGUUCGCUGCUCUGCCUGUCUGCCGAUAGUUUUCAUACCAUGGUAUUUGCAGUUGUUGCCGAGUCCGAAAGGGAAGAUCUUAUGAAUGAUCACAGUUUCAAAAUUGUUUUUCCUUCAGAAGUCGGAGAGGUAAGACUACCUUCGAAUGCUACUUUCACUAUGGUUGAAUCUACGGCUUACUUUGAGGCAUACAGGCAUGUGCUGGUUGGCCUUCAGAGACUUGAGGAUGGUGAAUUGCCCUUUGAAAAGUACAUAGUCCGCUGUAUGACAGAUGUCGAGCGACCACUAUAUCUGAAUAAUGAAUACACAGACUACGACCUACAUCCAAUAGUUAAAGAAGAAAGCAUAUUCAAACAUGGGUUACGUAGUGAUCGGCGUCUUUAUGUUGAUGUAAACGACCCUAUCAGUCAAUGGCCAUCAGCCGAGCAACUUCAUCUCGACCCGUCCCAAUUUGAAGCUUUUCAUGCUGCUCUUACGCAAGAAUUCGUCUUGAUUCAGGGACCACCAGGUACUGGAAAAACACACGUCGGCCUCCAGAUCGCCAAAGCCCUACUUCAUAACAGGGAUGUGUGGCAGGGUAAUCAUGUAAGACGUCAUACUAACAUUAGAAACAUGUCAUUGGAAACGAAGGAACAAAUGCUGGUUGUCUGUUACACUAAUCAUGCCUUGGAUCAAUUUAUGGAAGGCAUUGUCCAAUUUCUUGACAAAGAUAACAAGACGGAGUGGCGCGAGGAAAUUGUUCGGGUUGGGGGAAGAUCCGAAAAUGAAGCUAUGGACGAGUUCUCUUUGAAAUCACGUCGCCAUCGUCAUCAUCGCUCUCGAUAUGAACGGGCAGAACAGGACCGGAAAUUGGACCAACUUUACAAAUUCGUAACAAGACUCCAUCAACGCAUCUCAUUUAUAGCGUACAGUCUAUGUCACUUAAACGAUACAAUUCUCGACGUUGAGUUGUUAAGUGCGUUUAUGCUACCACACCAUGUCCAGUUCUUUUUUGAGAACACAAUACUGUCACCUGAGAAGUUAUAUCGAUGGCUAGAAGCUGAUGAGAAGACUGUGCUCCGAAAAUCUCAUAAUGCUUACAAAAAGACCUCAAAGAUGGCAAAAAGUUCAUCUGUAAACGCAAAGCAAAUCCCCACUCCCGAAGAAGCUAAUGAAGACCAGCACGAAGAAGAUGAAGCAAAGAAAGUAGAAGAUGACAGGCGGAUAGAAGACGAUGUGUUUAGUGUAGAGUUCCAGGAAGAUAUUGGUCUUGAUAUCGGCAAACAAAUCAAAGACGUUCUUCUAAAUCUAAAUUCAAACCAACUCGUUGACGAACAUUUUCAAUCAUUAUUACAACGCGAAGCACAAAUUACAUUGGCCAAACUGAGUUCCAGCGACAAGAUGGAUGAAAAAGACGCUCGUAAUAUAAAUAGUUUAAAGAAGAUGAGACUAGAGAGGCGCUGGCAACUGUAUCGAUACUGGGUUGAUUUAUAUAAACAACAUCAAACUCAGCAGACUGAUGAACUAGAAAAAGAGUAUUAUGACACUAUCAAAGUCUACGAAAAAGAGAAAAAAGAGGUAGAUGCAGAGAUAUUGAAGGCAUCGACUGUGAUUGGCAUGACAACUACUGGUGCAGCAAGGUAUCAAGAUAUUCUCAAAGAAAUCGGGCCACGGAUUGUCAUUGUAGAGGAGGCCGCAGAGGUGCUGGAAGCACAUAUUGUCACCGCCCUCAGUCCACGAUGUGAACACCUCAUUCUGAUCGGAGACCAUAAGCAACUCGAACCUAAACCGUCAGUAAUGCAACUUGCUCUGAAAUAUAACCUGUCACUGUCUAUGUUUGAACGCAUGUUAAACAAUGGUAUCAAAAACCACUGUCUACAACGACAACACAGAAUGAGACCAGAAAUAUCUUCACUUGUACGGGGUAUAUACGAUGUUCUCGAGGACAACGAAAACGUUCUUCAGUACGAACAUAUCAUGGGCGUGCGGAAAGAUGUGUUCUUCAUCAACCAUAACCAGACUGAGGAUUAUGCGGAUGAUAUAAGGAGCUAUUCUAACAAACACGAGGCUCAAUAUGUUGCUAAUCUGUGCACGUAUUUGCUGAAGCAAGGAUACAAAGGCACACAAAUCACAGUGUUGGCUGCUUACACAGGUCAGAUGUUCUGUAUCCGUGAUUGCAUGCCUAGACAGGAAUUCGAGGGCGUCAGAACAGUUGCUAUAGACAACUUCCAGGGUGAAGAAAACGACAUCAUCCUAUUGUCGAUCGUACGCAGCAAUAACGAAGGAAAGAUCGGCUUUCUCUCAAGGGAAAAUAGGAUAUGCGUAGCUUUAUCACGCGCAAAGAAAGGAUUGUAUGUCAUUGGGAAUUUUAAUAUGUUUCAGUCUGGAAAUAAGCGAUGGGCUGAUGUUGUCCAAAAGGUAAAAUUGGCAGGGCAAUUUGGAAAAUCUCUGCCACUUUACUGUCAAAACCAUCCUGAUGCUGAAGGUGUACAAGCAGAAGAUGCUUCUGAUUUUAGGAAAUCACCAGAUGGAGGAUGCCAAAUGAAAUGUGACUUCCGGUUGUCCUGUGGUCAUGCAUGCAGGUUCUACUGUCAUCCUAUCGACAGUCAGCAUAUCAAAUACGUCUGCAGACGACCAUGUGAAAAGAAAUGCGAAAAUGACCACAUUUGUAAAAGGAAAUGCCAUUUUGACGAUGAUUGCAAUUGUCCUAUUAAGAUGACAAAAGACCUGCCUUGUGGACAUAUAGCAGACAUGGAAUGUUGUAUUUCAACAGAAACUUUCAGAUGUGAUGUCGUUGUGGAACGGAAACUGAGAUGCGGACAUUUGGCAAAUAUCAAGUGUCACACAGACACUGAAACAUACAAAUGCAAGAUCAUCGUGACUCGAACACUGGAAUCGUGUUCUCACCUGGCAGAUAUGCAGUGCUGUAAAAUCCGGAAGAGUACAUGCCGAACUGUGGUGACAAGGACACUAGAUUCAUGUAAACACGAAGCCGAGAUGGAAUGCUGCCUUGAUAUCAAGUCAUAUAAAUGCAAGAUUACGGUUAACCGCAUUUUACCCAGUUGUGGUCAUGAAGCCGACAUGGAAUGUUACAGAACUCCUGAAUCUAUUAAGUGUGCCAAAACUCUAACUAAAACUCGCGAAAGAUGUGGACAUAGCUAUGACGUUCGUUGCAGCCACUUCAACUCAUUUUACGAGCUCCGACAUCCUUGUGAAGAAUCUGUUACGAAAUCCUGGGCAUGCCAGCAUACUAAGGUGAUGAAAUGUCAUGAAUCCGUACAAACAACAUGUAAAGACAAAUGCCUGAAAAUUUGCGAUCAAAAUCAUACAUGCCGAAAGAUUUGUCACUUCCCUUCAAGUUGUAAAUGUGACGUGGAAAUGAAAAAGAUGAUACCAACAUGUGGACAUACGCAGGAUAUCCCCUGUCAUAAAGACCCCGCAAAUGUAGACUGUCGGACAAAAGUCAUGAAACGUUUGACAUCAUGCAAUCAUGAAAUGAUGAUGGAAUGUUCAGAAGAUCCAUCUUCAUACAGAUUUAGUAAAUCUUGUGAUGCCCUCGUGUCAAAAACAGUCCCUAGCUGCAAUCACACACAGACAAUGAAGUGCUCUGAGUCACCUAUAAUGUAUCGAUGUAAGGAAAUCGUUGGAAAACCUCACCCAAUGUGCGGGCAUACUGUUCAAUUAGAAUGCUAUGCGUCUCCAGGGAGUUCUACGAAAUGCGAUACGAUCGUCAGCAAGCAAUUGCCUUGUGGACAUAACAGGGAAAUGAAAUGUUCUGAAGCAAAAUCUUUGAACGUCGGAUUAUUUCUGAAUAAAUCACGAACCGAUUAUCAAUGUAAUACAGACGUUGAUUAUACGUUGACAGAAUGCGGACAUAGGGUAAUAAUCCCUUGCCAUGUCAAGACGCAUCUGGAACGGCAGACAACCAGCGUUAGGUUGAAAAGGUCUCUUCAAAAACAACUUCCUACUUGUAAAACUCCUGUAGUGAAAAAAUUUGUAUGUGGACAUAGCAUCAAAAUUGAAUGCAGUUUGUUGGCUCAGCAAACAUGUUCCUCGAACUGUUCAAAAGAAAUGGCUUGUGGCCAUGCUUGUCCCAGAAAAUGCACACAGUGUUUCAACACGCUUACGCAUGGUGAUUGCAACGAACCCUGUGGAAAACGUCAAAUUUGCGGACAUGAAUGUACAAGUACAACAUGUGGAUCCUGUGCACAUUGUUGCAAACAGUGCGCAAACUUCUGUCCUCAUCACCGCUGUGAUCAUCCGUGUUUCCGUGAAUGUACACCAUGUAUGGAGAAAUGCUCUCUACAGUGUCCACAUCAUAGCUGCUCCCGUUUGUGUCACGAGGAGUGUGACAGACCUCCGUGUGACCAGCCAUGUCAGCGGCUAUUAAAAUGUAAACAUCCGUGUAUGGGUUACUGCGGUGACCCUUGCCCGACUCUCUGUCUUGUCUGUGAACCAACAAAAUGGUCGGAUUUCAACGACGAAUGGUUUUCUGUUGGAGACAUCCGUAUUGUACGUCUUGAAGACUGUGGUCAUGAACAUGGUGCUGUUCACUUGGACAAACUGUUUGCAAAGGAAAGCACCACAUUAAGUCUGUUGUGCUGCCCAAAGUGCGAAACGGUUAUACGACGGCAUCCGCGCUAUGCCAACCGCUUGAAAAAACAGCAGAGGAACGUGGCGGCAAUAAAAUUGAUAUUGGCUAACGGAUUGGAAGAUUUUCGAAUGGAACGUCUGUUUCCUACAUUGUGUGGAGGUGUAGAGGAGACUCGCUCCUAUUUACAACGAUUCAACACAUACUUGUUUUUGCAGAGUAAGCUCAAGGGUCAUCAGGAUGUUCUACAGAGGUCUUAUAGUUGGAGUAUAUCAACCACUGAUCAGCUCACAACGUUCCUGGGUAAUUUAAGAAUCUCUGCAGCUAUAACCCAUCAGGAAACAUCUAGUAUCAACCGUGUGUUGACUAAAUUGUCUGCCACAUGGCUUCUUCACCUCGCAAACACCCAUGAUACUGACCUUUCUUCAUCCGAUUCUGAGGAAGAAAGCAACCUCUUCGAGAACUCCAAACGAGGGGAAAGAAAAAAGGAGAAAUUGAGAACGGUAACGGAAACAAAUGUCAUUUUGCAUGAUGUUGAUGAUCUCAUCAGGGAAUCAGGAGCGUUCGAUCAGACAGAGCUUGGGAAAGUGCAAAACACUCUGGGUGUGCUACUGUCGGACCAAUCUGAGGUCAACCAGGUCAUGAAAUCCCCUAGGCUACAGACUAUCGGUGUUCACACAGACGACUGGUUCAUCUGUUCCAAAGGUCAUGUUGGAUCUACCGCCUGCAGAGAAGAAACAUGUAUACAAUGUGUAACCGGGAUACCUUUGGCUUCUACUUAUGAAUUAUUCUGGGGUAAAUGGCGAGCCAAUUUCGAAACGGCUAAAAAUGGUGGAAACAGUGGACGUGGUUCUAGGCGAAACAGGCGUGGAAACAGAAGAGGUGGAGAUGGUGUUGAAAGAGGUGGGCAUGCCUCCGGAAGUGCUGGACGUGGCGUUGAAAUUGGUGAGCAUAGGUCCGAAAAAGGUCGUACAAAUGUCGAUGAACGAAUCAUCCCAACUGAACCGGUAUAUAUGGCGUCUCCUCACCAGAGAAACUUUGAACACGGAAAGAAGGGAAGGGGAGGACAAGCAGCUGAUAGAGGAAGAGGAAGAGGAAAUUUUAGAGGGAGUGGAUUAGACGGUUGGUGGUCGGGUGGACAUGAUACCAUAGGUAUGAGUGAAAGUGGAUUUGGGAGAGAAGGAGUGAGAAGUAAUGUUUUGGGUAAUAGGGGAAGUGCGAGUAUCGGGAUAAGAGGUGGAUUUAAAAAAGAACGAGGCGGAACGGGCAAGAAAGGCGCAGGGGACCAAGAGGUCCCGAAAGAAGACGAGGAGGUCACGGAAGAGGACAAGAAGGCCCGGGAAGAGGACAAGGAGGUCCCGGAAGAGGACGAGGAGAAAGAGGAAGAGGAAGAGGGGACCGUGGAAGAGGCGGGCGUAGUAGAGGGAAAGGACAUUCUCCGAUAA